CUGAUUGUUGCGAUUUUUGUCUUCACGAACGGAAAAUCUGCCGUAUUGGUGCUGCCUAGUAAGUGUGGAAGAAUUUUGUGACGUUUGAAAGUUUGUUAAAAGAGCACGAAACGGUCGAUUCAUUGAGCUAAAAACUUUGUGCUCGUGGGAAUUGUUCAAUGGUGCUGCUGCAUUCAUUAGACCGGAGAAUUUAGAUUAUACCAUUCUGAAGUAGAAUAUCCGAUUGUACUGUGAUCAGCAUAUUUCUUCCGAGAAUAUCAUCCUUGCACUCUUAUGCACAAUGAGUGAAACUGAGAAAAUGGAAGUUGACAAGAGAGAAGAAAAAGCAGAAGGAAAGGGGGAGCAAAACGGAGAAGGCGAAGAAGAGGAAGAAGACAUGGCUGAAGACGAGUAUGAAGUUGAGAAGAUAUUGAAGCGGAGGAUGAAUGAGAAGGGCGUUAUAUUCCUGUACGUGAAGUGGAGGGGCUGGGACAGCAAGUGGAACACGUGGGAACCCGAAGAGUCCAUGGAGGAGGUAGAGCAUUACGAGGUGUUCCUCAAAAACUUUGAGGAGAAGAGGUAUUUGAAGCCGGGAUCGAAAGGUGCCACGCUUAAGGGCUUCGACAGAGGCUUCCAAGUGGAACAAAUUGAGAGUGCCAAAGUGGAGGAUGGGAAACACUUCUUCUUCGUCAAGUGGGCAGACGUAGACGACAUUUCAGAGUGGGUUCCAGCCGAGGACGCCGAUGUUUGUUGUCCUCAAAAGGUCAUCGCCUUCUACGAGAAACACAUCAAAUGGUCCAUGACCCCGAACCCAAUCCCACGAUCUGCUGAGAACAAAAUAUAGUACAUGAUUGUGGAUCUGCAAAAAUCUAGUUAAUCGUUGUGACUCACGAUCUUGCCUCACAUCAAAUAGAAAUCAUAUGUACUUUGGACCGAAGUAUCUCAGUAUGAACUAAUGGAUCCCAGAUGCUUGACUGUUUCAGUAAAAAAACUCGUAUCGAUUAAAGACCUAAGCUCGACUACGUCGUUGUUUAUACAUCGCAGUUCUCUGCGAUGUUGAUUUUUUUUACUAGAAGUCUUGUUAAGCAAUCCAAAAACUGCCAUCAUGAGUAUUGUUAAACACUAAUUUAUUUGCUUGAUUCUAUGUUACCAUAUCCAUAUUGCUCAACGCCUUUUUGUGUUGCCUUAUUUUGCUGAAUUUUGUUCUCUGAUUUUAAUCAGCUAAUAAAAACCCAGGUUUUAAUUUGCUCAUCUUACCUCUUAACUGAAUUGAAUUUGAUUUUCUGUCUUAA